AAAUAUAAAAGAACACUUUGCAGAGUCUUUGGGAUUCUUAUUUGCCAUUUCAUUAGCCACACAUCCGGAGUAUUCUCAUCUCCACUCUAUCCAGGAAAGCUGUGCCCUGUGCUCCUUUCCCGUCAGCUUGAAUGGGUGGAUUGUCAUUCAAGUAAACUUUUGGGCCAGUCUGACAAACUAAAGAGCAUCAAAAAGAGAGAGGUAGGUGCUUCCUCAACAGGCUUUUUGUUUCCUCCUGAAAUGACAACGGGGAUACAGUGACAAAUGUGAUGUUUUUCGUAUAAACAUCCUGCACAAUUAAAACUGUGCAUCUGACUAUUCGCAAGAAAGGAUUCUACUCAUCAGCCCCAAACAACAGUAGAAAGUGAUUCAGAAUGUGGCUUUGGCCAAUAAUGACUCUUUAUGCCUUGGUAAUGCUUCGCAGCCAGGCUACAUCUUUAACUGGUAAUUCAACAAAAAUGUAUUAUGCUGACCUUGUGAUGGACAACGGAACUUUGCAGAACAUCAUGGAUAAUCUGACCAGAUUAUUCCCUUUGGACUUAUACAUCGGCACCACCCACGUUGUUGUGACGUACACCAACAUCACAACAACAUGUGACAUUCGUGGAGAGAAAUCCUAUUGCCAAUGUAGCGCACAGUACGACUGGGACUCGUCAGUGUGUGAUGUUUAUCCAGGGUGCUGCAAUCAAUUGCAGUGCACUACAAACGCAUCACUGUCCGCCCCAGUAUGUCUGCCUAAGUCGAAAGUUACCGUUACUGGAUCACUUACUUUGGGACUGCUAUAUACCACUGACCUGAGUGAUCCAACCUCAAGCUACUAUAAAACCAUGGUGCAGCAAGUGCAAGCCAAUCUAAGCCAAAUCUACAGUCAAUGCAGCGGAUUUGAUUCCUUGACCAUCACUGGCUUCAGGAGUGGAAGCGUCAUCGUUGACUUUCAGAUGAUAGUGAACAUCCCGCUGAAUUCAACCCAAUUUGCAAAUAUGACGAGCACGCUGGAGGCCAACCUGAAUGGCAGCUUGACAGUCACAACCGUCGGAAUGGUUACAUAUCAGGCACCAGUUGGACCGUUGUGUUAUAAUGCUAACCAGAAUUUGGAGUGUGUCUUUGCCGAUACGACCUUUGGUAAUUGCUCUUGGACGUUGUCUCAAGGAAACAGCACCGUGAAUAUUGUAAAUGGGACUGAGGUGACUCUCAUUUCCCCGUGUACUCUUACUCUUCUGAAAACAUCCAGACUUUGGAGAGGUAAUUACACAUGCAGUUUUUCCAAGGGUCCCCUUUCUCACAAAGCCAUCAUAGAUGUGGACAUAGCAUUGCUACCAGAGCAAAUUCAAAUAUCCAACAGUCCUCAGUACCCGGAUUGCAACGCCACCAAAAAUACUAUAGAGCUCCCUGUUUCCUGUGCAAUACAGAAUAGCACUGAAAAUUACAAUGUAACUUGGAAUACCACUGGAUGUAGCAUUAGAAAAACUUUUUCAGACGUGGUGAACACAUUAUUUAGCCUCCGCAUGUCGAACGUGACGGUGAGCAUCAAUUGUAGUAACUCUGAUGUGAAUCCCACGGUCACCUGUACAUAUAUAAACAGAAAAAGUCAAGUAGCAAAUGCCACACUCACAAUACCUGUCAUUUAUGCCGGUACCAUUGUUUGUACUGCCGAUAGCAUCUGGCCCAAAGCAAAGUCCAACACUACUGCCAUACUGCCGUGCCCCGCAAGUAUUCCCGCAGUUGGAAGCUGGACGCGAAAUUGCUUUGCAAAUGGUACCUGGGAUCAGCUGCAGUCGACUUGUGUUAAUCUGCAACUGUACAAUCUUCUCCAAGAUGCUUUGGACUUAGCAAAAGGACAUGGGGACUACGUUACGGCUGCCUUCAGCAUUUUUGAUUCUUUAAAAAAUUCUACUGACAACAGUAGCACAAUCAAUACGCAUGAAAACAUAAAUGCAUCUGUAAAUAUUCUAUGGAUUGUGGGGAAUGCCUCAAAACCCAAUGUGAUGUUAAAUGACUCCAUCUUGCCUACUUUGCUACCUUCUGCAAGCAAUUUGUUGGAAGACUCCCUGCAUGCAGUAUGGGCUCCGAAGAAUACGAGUAACGUGUCUGCGUACCUGUCUGUUCUGUACCUGCAGUCCAUGGAAAAGCUAAUACAAACUGUACAACUCAAUUCAUCUUCCACUAGCGGCGAUAACACCCACAAGUACCCAAACGUCCAACUCACAAGCUGUAGUGGUAUUUGUAACAAUACAGUGUUCAAUGUAUCAGUCAGCACACCAGGCCAAACCAGUGGAAACCUGAACAUAAUUGGGUACAGAACUCUGGAUAACCUCCUGCCCAAAGAUGACAAAAUGAAUUUAAACAGCAUUGUAAUGUCGACAAUGUUUCAAAACAAUGUUACAACACUGACAAAGGAGAUCGCUAUCACUUUCUCAUUGAUCAGUGGAAGGUUACAGGAUUAUGAGAUGGAUUGUGUUUUUUGGAAUUUUAUUACCAUGACAUGGUCGAGUGAAGGCUGUUAUUGGAACAAAACAAGUUCAAAGGACCAGAUGAUUUGUAUAUGCAACCACCUCACUUCAUUCUCAACGCUCAUGUCAAAAUCACCAAUAGUACUUCCAUACCUGGAUGAAAUAACCUACGUCGGCUUGGCAGCCUCAAUCUCUUCCCUCAUUGUCUGUCUUAUAAUAGAAUUUAUGGUGUGGAACACAGUUGUCAAGUCAAGCGUCUCUCAUUUCCGUCACACCGCCCUGGUCAACAUCUCGUUGUGUCUACUAAUGGGAGACUCUGUCUUCUUGGUCAAUUCCUUUUACGAGAACCAGAAGUGGUGUUGCACAUUCACGGUCAUUAAGCACUUCUUCUACCUGUCGAUGUUUUUCUGGAUGCUCUGUUUAAGCACCAUGCUUCUUCAUCAGCUCAUUUUUGUCUUUCACCAAAUGAGAAAGAAGGUCUACCUGACUAUUUCUAUUUCCAUAGGCUAUGUCUGCCCUUUGAUAAUAGUCUUGCUGACCUACAAGAUCUACAACGAUGGAGCUGAAAAUGUCUAUUAUAAUGCUAGGAGUUGUUGGUUGAACUAUAUUAGUCCAUUUAAUGGUUCAAUCCAUGCUUUUAUUUUCCCGGUUUUAACAAUAGUUUUUAUUAACUUCUUUUCUAUGAUGGUGGUCAUUACCAAACUCCUGAGACCACAAGUCUCAGAGGGAAGCAAAGGAGAUCAGAAAGAGAUGGCCAAAAGCAUUCUGAAAGCAAUCGUUUUCUUAACACCUAUUUUUGGAGUAACUUGGAUUUUGGGAUUUUUUGUACUGGUCCUUGACCUCACUGAAGGAUUUUGGGCAUAUUUUGUCAACUAUGCAUUUACCAUAAUAAAUUCUUUACAGGGACUUUUAAUUUUGCUUACUGGAUGUUUUGGAGAGAAAAAGGUUCGCGAUGCCCUACUACAACGUUUCACCUCAUCGACGACAAACCCAUCGAAAAACGAGAACUCUACAAAAGGGUCAUCAUUCAAAAAAUAGAAGUUCUACGCUUUCAGACAGACUGCAGUGAGCAUUUACAAAUAACAGCACGAAAAAUACAUCAAAUUAGACCAGCCUUUCUCAACCUGGGGGUCGCCCGAUCAUUGUGAAAAACUGUACACUUACUAAAUAAAAUUUGAAUUUUGAUUAAAUAGAUUUUUAAGUAGGUUUAGUUUGUUUUUUUCACCGUGGACAGGGCUGUGUCCAUCCGCACCUAGAUAUGGGAUAAUGGAGGGGGGCGUACGGUGGGGGUCACGAACACCAACCAAUGUUAUCUUGGGGGUCGUCACUCAAAAAGGUUGAGAACCACUGAAUUAGACAUACAUGUUAGAUGAAAACAAUUGUUCUGUUCGUUUUAAAAUACCAAUCGUUUUUGUAUAAACAGACAUUACCUGCUUUAGAGAGUUAUAUAGAUUAUAAUUUUAUGAAAACCUGUGAAAAUCUUACACAGAGCAAAAUAGCUGACAGUUAUUUUUAUGUGGGUCAUAUCAUCAUAUAAAUAUAGAAGGAUUUACGUGCCUUUGGCAAAUUAAGAAAGUAUAUUUCAUAUUUAAAUUUUGCUUGAGAAUUUAUUUGUGUAAUUGUGAUUAAUGUACCUCUUUUUGUGAGCAUUUCAGAAUAAAAAAAAAAUAUAUAUAUAGCAUUGUUACAUUUCUGUGAAAUGCUUUUUACAUGGUCUGUUAAAGUAAUGUGUACUGUGGAGUAAAUAUGUAAAUAUACAUUUUAGCUUUGUUGAUUUGAAAUUAUGUGAGAGUAAGUCAUAUGCUUAUAAAUGAGAAAACAACUGUUGUACAAAUGAUUACAUAAAUAAAGCAAACUACUGGUUAUACUA